AUGAAGCCGACAGCACCACCCGUCAAACGAGGGCGUGGAAGACCGAGAGGAAGCAAGAAUCAACCAGGUGCAGGACAUGUUGGCAGGCCACGCAAUGAUGGACAGCCCCCUCGAAAACGGCAUAAAGGACACGACGAUGCGGAGAGUACUGCUCCAGCACCAAACACCUCGCAUAGCGCCACACAAUCACCGCGCAAUGGCAAGGUUCAACGUUGUGGCAAAGAAUCCACUCCGACGCCACGCAGAGCCCUCGCAAUUGAUGUGGAUUUGGACUCGGAGGUGUUCGAAAACCUCGAUCCUCCUGCGAGGGUUCGCACCAUCCCUCCCGCACUUCCAAUUGCACCUCGUUCUGCAGCCUGCAGCGAGGUGCCUUUGAAGCAGACAACCCUUGCAUUUCGAACGGCCGUGCAGGGUGCCAACCCAGUGUUGGAGGCACCUACUGCCUCAACCGUCGUGCAAACACCGCACAUUUCGCCCCUCAAUACUGAUGCCCAAGGACAGCAAUCUGAGCCUGCUGCCAGCAUUUCGCCUCAAACCUCAACCCACCAGCCACGGGACUUCUCUGAGUCUGGACUGGCCGCGACUAUACGCGAGGCUGAUCCACCUGCGGAGUCGGCAGCUACGAGCAGCGGGAUGACUCGGCGGCAGCCGUGGAGGCACGAUGCAAAUGCACCUGCACUGCCACCAUCACCAACGGUUGAGCCGCAGAGUGCGACGGGUCUUAUUGAUGUUCCUGAGAACCCGUAUGGCUCUGAUCUCGAAGCACCUGCCCCUCGCGAUGACACUGAAAGUGAUCAGGAUGAGGAAGCAUCCCUGGAAGACGAGUUUCGCCCUGUUCCUGAUGACGGAGGAGGAGAGGACGAAGACACGGAGCAUGGAAGGGGGACCUCGACAUCUGGGUCUGUAGGCAGAUCUUCGUCGAGGUCAACAAUGCCACUUUGGCUUAGCGAGUCCUAUAAAGCUGUAGAGACGAUGUUGAAAAAAAGAAAUCAAGCAGAGUACCCGAACACCAGCCAUGCCCAAGUGCUAUGA